UGUUUGCGAGAACUCCUCUGCUGUGGAAACGACGGAAGCGCAGUUCUGGAUUUUGGUUUGACUGGUAGAAAGAAGGAUGGAAUUUCUGACAGGGAACCCGUUUACUACACCGGUGGGCCAGCGAAUAGAAUAUGCAACCAGCUCCAGUCUCCAGUCGGAGGACUGGGCUCUCAACAUGGACAUCUGUGACAUCAUCAACGAGACAGAGGAGGGGCCUAGAGAUUCAUACAAAGCAAUAAAGAAGAGGAUUGUUGGAAACAAGAACUUCAGAGAGGUCAUGCUGGCAUUGACUGUGCUGGAAGCGUGUGUGAAGAACUGUGGCCACAGGUUCCAUGUGCUAGUCUCAACCAGGGAGUUUGUUGAGGGGGUUCUUGUCAGGUCCAUCUUACCCAAGAACAAUCCCCCUCUGGUCCUGCAUGACAGGGUGCUCAGCCUUAUACAGGCAUGGGCAGACGCAUUCCGCAGCUCGCCAGCUCUGACGGGCGUGGUCUCUGUGUACGAGGACCUGAGACGGAAAGGACUGGAGUUUCCCAUGACUGAACUGGACGGAUACUCUCCCAAUCACACUCCAAAUAGGACUGUGCCUGAUAACGGGCCUAUUGUCACUGUAUCUGCUGCACCCUCAUCCCCCAGGCCUGUCCCCAUAUCACCACAGCUUCCUGCAUCCCAACAGAGCGAGCAGAUACCCCUCACCUUCACACCUUAUCAGGUUAAAAAGUUGAAGACCGACCUGGGAGUGGUUCGAGGUAACCUGACAGUGAUGUCAGAUAUGAUGUCUCAACUGGAUCCAGCAACAGCUAAGCAUUCAGACACAGAGCUGCUUCAGGAGUUGUAUGCAGCAUGUAAAGACAUGCAGGAUAAGAUAAUGGAGCUGGUCCCAAGACUCAGUGAGGAGAAACUGACAGAGGAGCUGCUGGUUGCCAACGAUGAAAUCAAUGCCACAUUCACUCGCUACCAGAGGUUUCAGAGACAAAGAGCUACAAUGCAGAGCCCGACCUACGUCAACCUUAUUGACCUCAGUGCAGCAAUCAAGCCUGUUGUUACAGCUCCCACCCACAGCCAGCUCAGCCGAUCAACAGUGGACACAGUGUCUAGUCAGAUGACAGGACUCCGUAUGAGGGAAUUUGAUGAAUUUGCACAGAACAGGAGCAUCACACAGACACAACUAAGACCGAGUGAGCGGAAUGAAGGUGUUGCCGACAGUCUGGCUCAAGCACAAAACACCAGAUUACAGAACACUGGAACGAUCCCUGUGAGUCAGACGUCUGUGAUGGAUGACAUUGAGAAGUGGCUGGAUGUGAACGAGGAGGACGACAUGGCUGAUUCAGAGGGUGUGACAAGUGAGGAGUUUGACAGGUUUCUGGCAGAAAGAGCGAGAGCAGCAGAGCGACUCCCGUCCCUGAAAGCUUCUUCUCGUGACGACAACAACUACUCUGAGUCAUAGGCCAAGCUGCAACCUGUCACAUAUCCAAUGCCAUUUUCCCAAAUAGUGUGAGAGGACUGAACUGGAUGAAUGUAUGAUUGGCACAUACAGUGAGUAAAUGACUGGUGGGAACAACAACUCCUGACAAUAGGGUUGUGCUACUUACACUCAGGUACACUACAGAACUACUUUAUGAUCAACUCUCCUGGGUUAAGGUCUUCAUCUAGUACAUUUUAAUGUAUAUUUUUAUGUUACGGCUAAAUUAACUUGGACCAAGUGUUUUUAACUUACACUAAGAGUGUUUUAUGAUAAGAACUUAAG